AUAGAAUAAGAAGUCGGUGAUUACAAGUUACAACUUGGGUGUCGGACUUCAUCGUACGUCAACGUUCACAAAUCGAACGGUCUAAAACCAUCAUCACAUUUAAUAUACGUGACGACAAUCACACAACAAAACCCAGAGAGAGUCGCUGCGUUGUUUGAUUGUUAAGAAAAGAAUCCGAAGAGAGAGAAAGAGAAGAGAGACUAUAAUGAUGAAGCUGAUGAUACUUUCUCUACAAAAAAAAUUAUUGUACGCUCGUCAUCAAUGAAAUGGAUGGAGUAAAGCCCACCACCACCACCUUCUUCAACCCACCUCUCUGUCGGUUGAGCCGCCGCUUUCGCUUACACUCGACGCCGAUUUCACCCUCUUCACCGCCCACCCAACGACCAUGAUCACCUCCCUAAAACCCCAUCUCGGAUCUCCGCCGCAGAUCCAUCCCCACUCUUCUCUUUCUCUCUCAUCUCUCUCUCAUGGACGCCGCCACCUCUCGCCCCGCUGUAGUAAUCGACAACGGCACCGGGUAUACUAAAAUGGGUUUUGCUGGUAAUGUCGAGCCGUGUUUUAUAGUCCCCACCGUCGUCGCCGUCAACGAGUCCUUCGUGAACCAGCCUCGGAGCUCUGCAAAGGGCAGUAAUUGGCUAGCGCAGUACAGCGCUGGAGUUAUGGCGGAUCUCGAUUUCUUUAUAGGGGACGAGGCUCUGUCUAGAUCUCGAUCUAAUAAUACUUAUAAUCUCAGUUAUCCAAUUCGGCACGGUCAGGUUGAUAAUUGGGACGCCAUGGAACGGUUUUGGCAGCAAUGUAUAUUCAAUUACUUGCGUUGUGAUCCGGAGGACCACUAUUUUCUUUUGACGGAGAGUCCGCUUACUGCGCCGGAGAGUCGUGAGUACACCGGUGAAAUUAUGUUUGAGACGUUUAAUGUUCCAGGGCUUUAUAUUGCGGUGCAGCCAGUGCUUGCUCUUGCAGCUGGGUACACAACAUCUAAGUGUGAGAUGACAGGAGUUGUAGUGGAUGUUGGAGAUGGGGCUACCCAUGUUGUACCUGUUGCAGAUGGUUAUGUUAUUGGGAGCAGUAUUAAGUCUAUUCCCAUUGCUGGCAAAGAUGUUACUCGUUUUAUCCAGCAGCUCAUGCGGGAAAGAGGAGAGCAUGUUCCACCAGAAGAUUCCUUUGAAGUAGCUCGGAAAGUGAAGGAAACGUAUUGCUACACUUGUUCUGAUAUUGUCAAGGAGUUCAAUAAACAUGACAAAGAGCCAGCUAAGUACAUUAAGCAAUGGAGAGGUAUUAAACCAAAAACAGGGGCACCAUACUCUUGCGAUAUUGGCUAUGAACGAUUUCUUGGUCCUGAGGUUUUCUUCAAUCCUGAAAUUUACUGCAGUGACUUCUCCGCCCCCUUACCAGCUGUUAUUGACAAGUGUAUUCAGUCUGCGCCAAUUGACACGAGAAGGUCUUUGUAUAAGAAUGUAGUGUUAUCCGGAGGUUCAACCAUGUUCAAAGACUUCCACCGAAGGAUGCAACGGGAUCUAAAGAAGAUUGUGGAUGCUCGUGUUCUUGCAUCAGACACUCGGCUUGGUGGAGAACUAAAAUCACAACCAGUGGAAGUCAAUGUAGUCAGCCAUCCUAUCCAAAGAUAUGCAGUUUGGUUUGGAGGCUCUGUACUUGCAUCAACACCAGAAUUUUUUGCUGCUUGCCAUACGAAAGCAGAAUACGAGGAAUAUGGGGCAAGCAUAUGCCGUACAAAUCCUGUUUUCAAAGGGAUGUAUUGAUAUGAAGAUCUAGGUCAGCUGAUGAUUUUCGAGGCAUUUGUUAAUCAUAAUGUCUAGAUGGAAUGCGUCAUUAUUCCCACCAAAUAUUUGCCUCGGCCAACUUCUGAAAAUCCUCUCCGCCCUGUGGCCUUCAUGUGAAUUUACAGGUUUAGCUUGUGGGAAGGUGUUGUAUAAUAGGUUUUUAAGUCUCAAUUGUAAGAAAAUGACUUUCUUGUAUUCUUUCAUUAGGGAGUAACAGGUCUUUGCAGCCAAUAAAAUGCCGCUGCUGUCGACUUCGGCAGGACUGCAAGGCACAUCGGGGUCAGAUAAAAAGCUGUCAAUUAAUUGGACACUAGUGUUUAGCCUAGUUGUGGUCUGAUAAGAACAUUAUUUUUUAUCUGGUUUUGGGGUUGAUUGUUCCAUGUCAGUAACUUUUCAUGUAGGGAUUAAAAUGGAGGAAUAGAAUUGUUAUAGCGAUUACAAGUUUGCUUUAUUUGGAUUUGAGCAGAACUUUGCAAAUUGUACAUUUUAUUUUCACCAUACUGAGCUCUUCCCAGAUUAUUAACAGGUGGUCUAUUUCUUAGUAA